AGUAAUGCAGAAAGAUUGCAGGAGAGCAGGUACCGCGUCGUUGAAAUGACACCAAGUUCUCAAAAAAAAGUCAGUAAAAUUCGUACGAAAACUGUUUUUUAAGAUAGAAUGUGUUUCAAUUGUGUUUUUGAAAUUGCAGUAAACGAUCAUUAAAUGGGUAUUUUACAAGAUUUUGUAUAUUGUUUAACUCAUUGGUCAUUUGGGCUCUUCGUUUUAAUCAGUUUGGUAACUUCAGAAUACACUGGAGCGGAAACGGUAAUAUGUAUUUUUGUCGCUGCUAUAGUAUCGAUCCUUUCGGGACUAUGUUCUUAUACUACUUCGAUACCGCAGGAACAAUACAGAAAAAAAAAGUUUACAGAUGUACUAGAAUUUCUGAUACUGUGGUUAGAUAUUUUAACAAAUUUAGUAGCAGCCGCUACAUGUGCUCGCCUGGCUAGUGCCACUGUGGAUUAUAUUAGCAAAGGGCACUUUCGAGAGUUCCUUUUCGGAAUGGAACAACAUUCCCUAGGAGAACCGUGGCCGGAUGUUUUAGGAGUAACCAUCAUUGUUGUGGUUACGAUUCUGUUCAUGUUGGGCCUUGAGGGAUCUCACACUAUAUCCGUACUAGUUAUAGUAACGUUAUUAUGUGGUUUUGUAUUUUUUACAAUUACUGGAAGCCUCUACACUGUGAUAAAUUUCAAAAAAUGGUGCGAAAGUUUUAAAGUACAUACAUUCAGAAGAGUUUUGAAAGCUGCAUCGAAAUGUUUUUAUGGAUUUGUACAUAUUUUUCCAAGAGUAAAUAGAAAUGGAAGUCCAAAAAUGUUUGCAAUAAUUUUUACACCUCUGAUCAUUUAUACAACAACUGCAAUAAUAUUUUCUAUGAUGAAACAUCAUAAAGAACUUGUUGGAACAGCAAUUCCACUUGUACAAAUUUUUGAAAGUCGUGACGUUGAUUGGGCACGACCAAUUAUGUCUGCUUGUACUAUUUUUGUGGUAUGUCUGUUAUUAAUACAAAUUUUACCAAUGGUUUACAAUGCUUUUGUUAAACUUGGCAGUAAAGAAUGGAGGAUUUUCGUACCGUCUAUUCAAUACAGAACUGUAGUGACGGGAGCUCCCAUUCUCGCUAUAUUUGCAGCAGGAAGUCUGUCUGCCAUAUUAGCCUUCGCUUGUCCACUAGCACAUUUAAUCAAACUCUUAAACACAGCAGCACUUCUUAAAUGCGCUUUGGUAUCCUGCCAGUUAGUUUAUAAUAGAUAUAAACCUGAGAUUAAUUAUGAUUGUUUAGUUCAUAACACCAACGUCCAGUACAGUAAACUUCAUGGAAACGGUGGGACACCUUUAAUAAGAAGUAAUUUUAACUUGUUGAAUAUCAAGGAGAAAUUGAGAAAUUGGUUCAAGAAAAAACCAUAUUAUAUUCAUAAGCUUGGUUCUCCAAAAAACAUCACACAAAAAUUAACCACUAGAAGAAGAAGAAUUGAAGAACGAGAAUGUCUUCUUCUAGACGAUUAUAGCAUUAAUACGUUAACAGUAGAUCCUGCUGAAGAUACUGCUUCAGAAGCUGGUGAUGAAUCAGUGGCUGGUACUGAUGAUGAAAAUUCUGGUAGCUCUACUGACAUUGAUAUUGUAGUGGAAGAAUAUAAAGAAGGUUUAAAAGUUGCAACUGUUGGAAAAUUUAACGAAAAUAGACGAUCUACAAGAAUAACCUCAUUGAUCGUGGUGAUUUGUAUAAUUGUAAUAAUAAUAUCGUCGAUUUGCUUGGCUUUAUACUGUCAAAGAAUUUUAAACAUAUAUUGGCCAAGCAUUUUAGGUCUAUCCAUAUCAAUUAUAAUUAUAACAGCGAUGCCUCAAAAUAGCGCAGACAAAUCAAAAGAAGCAAUUUUGCCGUCCAUUAUAUUUCCUUUAUGUAAUGUAUCUACUGUCGCACUUAGUAUUAGUCUAGCAUCUACAAUAUUUAUUGAUAUUUGGCAGGGAAUAGUUUUUUGGUCUCUAGCAGGUUUACUACUUUUUUGGCGCUGCGAUUGCUGCACCUGUGAAGGACUAUUUCGAAGUCCGAAAAUACAUAAUCAAGUUAACAUAACACCGAACACUUCGAUGACUGCUGAAUGCAAUUUUAAGGAGCACAUGAUGCCCGUACCUGUAACAGAUACUAUUUACAUCACUAGAUGACACGACGAUUAUUUGGAUGAUGAACUUCUUAUCUCUGAUUCUGAAGAAGAUAUUUAAAAGAAAAAUAUAUAUUAGAAUGUAAAGUUGUCGGCGAUUCGUGGGCAAGUAGUAAAAUAUUUUUUCAGCUAAAUAACUGUAUAUUAUCACUGUAACUUAGCAAAAAACCCGGUCAGCUGUUUAUUUGCAGUCUAUAAACAAUUUCAUCAAAUUACUUUAUAUCCAUUAUAUCAAGUUAUAAAAUUACUCAUUGACAAAUUAAUAGGUUGCCAUUAAUAUUUAGUUUUUAUACUUUAUAACAGUAAUUUCUUAAGUAUGAUAAACUUGAUUACCUUAUUAAAUUCAAGUGACAUUUCUUGAUAAAUAUACUGCCAUUGACAUCGUUGAAUCUGUAAAAUUCUUGGGAGUUACAUAUUGCAGCCUUAUCUAAAAAAUUGAGUUCCUCCUGCUUUACGCUGAGAUCAGUUUCCAAAGAACUGAACUUAUCCACCUCCUUAACAGUCUAUUAUGCCCUUAUUGAGUCGCAUCUCCGAUAAGCCCUUCCCUUUCGGGCUAAGUGUGGUGCGACUCAAUUUGAUCGAAUCUUCAAAUUACAAAAGAGAGCUGUUAGAUAUUUACUCGAAAUAAACAGCAGGGCUCACUGCAUGGACUUCUUUAGAAGAUUAAAAAUUGUAACUCUUCCUUCCUUAUUCAUCUUUGAAUCCGUUUGCCUAAUUCUUCAAUUUCAGAAAGACCGUUGCACGGCUACCCACUUAGGAACGCGGAGCACGACCUUCACCUACCUACUCCACGUUCAAAAUUAUUUAAUGACUCAAUAUUUUAUAAUGCAAAAAAAAUGAACAAUCACUUGCUAAUUGAAAUCAAAUCGAUAUCAUAUUUUCUCGCAUUCCCUUCUAACAAUAUUCUUUAAUUACGAGCAUGCUACAGACUGGUUUAAUUUUUGCUAUGGACUUAUAAACUAAUUAUUACCUAUAACUUUGUUCCUCAUUGUGGUUUUGUUCUGUAUAUUGAAAUUUUAUUUUAUUUGUAUAUUUAUUUAGUUAUUUCUAUGUUUGUUUUUUAGUUUUUACAAGCUUUUGUCUACAAAUUGUAACAAUUUUUUGACAAUAAAGCAUUUCUCUCUAUAUAUAGUUUGAGACAUUGCAUGAUGUCUAGCAAAUAUUUUGGUAACUGCAAUUAGACAUAUACUUAUGGUGGAAGUAAUUAUCAAAAAUCUUAUAAAAAAUACUAGGUAAUCAAUGGUGAUCUUCCAAUUAUUUUUUUGUUAUAUUUCUUAAAAAUAUGUCACGUUGUGGCCUAUUUAAAAAUUUUAUAUAAAAAUUAAAAUAUUAUUUUAGUAGUUGAUGUUCAUUUGGGGUUAACGUAGUAAUAACAAAUAACAUUAUCUAAAUAUAGGUUAUUGGUGCAGUAUAUUCUUUAUGUUUUUAUAACUAAUCAUUUCAGAAAUUAUUUUUUCCAUAUGAAGCUUACUUAUGAAAUGUAUAGAUUGUGGAUUAAACAUUUCAUUUUUUGCUACGUUAAAUUAGAAUCAGCGAGGCUUGAUUUGAAUCGCCUAUCAAUGCAAUUGUUGGAGUUGAAAUUGUGAUUUGUUUUAUAUACUUAGUUUCACAUUCAAUAAUAAAUAUAAAAUUGUUGAUAGUGAUGAAUAAUUAUUGACUACAUUUAUCUUUGUGAAAUAAAGUUUGCUUUAUUUUU